UGUCCAACAAACCAAAACGUCCGAUAUUAAUUAAAGGCUAAGCCGAGCAAACAUCUCUGGAGUUGGGAUCCAUCGACAUCUAUCAUCCACAAACGGUUGAACUCUCCGCCAAGUCGCCGAUUCUCUUCGCGGUUUCAUCCUCCGUCAGACGCCAACACGCAGCACAUCAGCAGCACCGCAGCACGCCUCUUCAUUCGUCAACUACUCACAUCACUCCCGUCGCUCAGUCGCCUGCUCUCCGCCACUCAACCUUCAGCGGCUCAGUCAAUCCAGGAAGUUCUGGGAUCACACGUAGUCAUCAUCAUCCAGAAUGGCAGAGCCCUCUAUUGCUUCUUUGGCAUUGAGUGAUGACAGUAAUGUCAUCACUGAUAACCAAUCCAUAUCUAACCCUGAUGAUGACAGUAUCCAAACCGUUACAUCUGGGGACACACUGUAUAAAUCUGCUAAAACAUUCGAAGACUUGAACUUGUCACCGGAGUUGUUGAGAGGAUUAUACGCGGAGAUGAAUUUCGAGAGGCCGAGUAAAAUUCAGGGCAUAUCUUUGCCUAUGAUUUUAACUCCACCCCAUAAAAAUCUGAUCGCCCAGGCUCACAAUGGAUCCGGAAAAACAACAUGCUUUGUGCUGGGAAUGUUGAGCCGAGUUGAUCCUAGACUCGGUGCCCCUCAGGCUCUCUGCAUCUGCCCCACUAGAGAACUUGCCAUUCAGAAUAUGGAAGUUUUGUUAAAGAUGGGAAAAUAUACUGGUAUAACAUCAGAACUGGGCAUACCACCAAGCAAGGACAACUAUGUUCCAAUUAAUAAGCGACCCCCUAUUACAGCUCAAGUCAUAAUUGGUACUCCUGGGACAAUAAAAAAGUGGGUUGUUGCUAAGAAACUGGGCACAAGUUGCAUGAAAAUUCUGGUAUUUGAUGAGGCGGACCACAUGUUAGCAGCAGGGUGGCUUUCAGGAUGACUCUAUAAAAAUAAUGAAGGCCAUUUUAAACGGCAAGGCCGAUUGCCAGGUGCUCUUGUUUUCUGCAACUUUCAAUGAAUCUGUCAAGAAUUUUGUUAAGAAAAUUGUCGAAGACCUGUUUGUUAAAGAUUACAACCAGCUUUUUGUGAAGAAGGAAGAACUUUCAUUGGAGUCUGUCAAGCAGUAUAAGGUGCAGUGUCCCGAUGAGCUUUCAAAGGUCAUGGUGGUUAAGGAUAAAAUACUUGACCUGGGUAAGAAGGUGGGACAGACAAUCAUAUUUGUGCGUUCAAGGAAUAGUGCUCAUAUGUUGCACAAAUCACUAGUGGAUCUAGGCUAUGAGGUAACAACAAUUCAAGGUGCUCUGAACCACGAAGACCGGGACGAAAUUAUUAAGGAGUUCAAGCAGGGGCUAACACAAGUUCUUAUAUCAACAGAUCUUCUUGCUCGAGGAUUUGACCAAUCCCAGGUGAAUUUGGUCGUGAAUUAUGAUCUUCCAGUGCAAUAUGAGCAUCCAUCCGAGCCAGACCAUGAAGUGUACUUGCAUAGGAUAGGUAGAGCCGGUCGUUUUGGGCGAAAAGGUGCUGUUUUCAACUUGCUUUGUAAUGAUAAAGACAACAUGUUGAUGUCCAAGAUUGAGAGCCACUUCGACAGUCCUGUGGCUGAGAUCACCUCUUGGGAAAGUGAGGAAGACUUCAAGGCUGCUUUGAAGACCGCUGGUCUGCUCUAAGUGUGGAAUGUUUGGGUGCCUUGACAACACUUUUGUUGUUACCGCUUGCGUUGCAAAUGUGAGUUUUUUGGUGGAUGUGUUAUAAUCUGUAGGAUCAUGUACUUAAAUGAACAGAUAGAGAUAGAUUUACUUCAUCCAUCUGCCUGUUUUGACUUGAAAUAUUUAAACAUGUAAUCUUUGACUAUAAUUAUUUGCAAUUAUAUAUCCUAAUACAACAAAUAUAAAGUGCUAGUUUUUUCUUAUAAAAGUUAAUUUUUGGAAAUACAUAUGUAACAA